AUUUGGUUAAACACUAUGACUCAUGUAUGACAAUAUUAUUUUAUACCAUGGAACAUAGGCAAGCAUUGGAUGUUGAUUAUAGCAAUGACAUCGGGAAGAGUUGUAUUCUUAAACCCGCUUAAAUCUAAAAUCCCGUCAGACAUUGCUCAGAUGAUAAAGGCUGCAUAUGCAAAUAUUAGUUCAAAUGCUAUUGUAUUUGGCAAAAAUGGACCGGAGAUAUGGACCUUUGCUUGUCCAAAGCAACCAUACAAUUACGAAUGUGGUUACUAUGUACUAACUUACAUUCGUGAUAUGCUUCAACAUUCAAAUCCCAUUGAAGCCAUAAAAGCAAAAUUUGGCGGCCUAUCCCAAUAUUCUGAGGACGAUCAUCUCUUACCGCUUCGACAACAGUGGUUAAGUCAAUUGCUUCCCUUGAUAUAUAAAAAUUAACUAGUAGUCUUUUAUUGUAUUUUUUUAGACAAUGUGUAGUAUUUAAUUUAGAGAUUUAUGCAUAAUAUGUAAAGUGUUAUUUAGAAUUGAACUUACAAAUUAUUAUUGUUGUUAUUAAAAAUGAUAUUAAUCAUUUAUUUUAAAUUAAGUUUUUUUUAUA